CGAGUAUGAAUAAAGAAUAUUUUAGGGAGUAGCAGCUAGCUAUUCAAUCAUUGAUAUUAUGGCAGUCGUUAUCAAUGGCAAAGAGAUCUCCAAAAAAGUACGAGAGGAUCUGAAGGAGCAUGUUACCGCACUGGCAGAGUGGGACGUUUUUAAACCUGGGCUAGCAAUCGUUCAGGUUGGAGACCGACCAGACUCCAACACCUACAUCAGAAUGAAGAUAAAAGCAGCCAGCGAGAUUGGAAUACGUGCUCAACACAUCAAACUUGGAAACCAGUCCACCCAACAGGAGGUGAUAUCCGCAUUGGAAUGUUUGAACAAUGAUCCCGAGAUACACGGUAUCAUACUCCAACUACCACUUGACACAUGCUGUACUGUUGAUGAGGAUGUGUGCACCAAUACCAUCCUCACUUCUAAAGAUGUUGAUGGAUUGACUGAGGUGAACAAUGCUAGAUUAACACGUGGUGUUCUGGCAAGUUGCCAUAUACCCUGCACUGCUAAAGGGUGUCUACAUCUCAUCAAAUCAACUGGAGUUAAACUCGAGGGUAGCAAAGCUGUUGUUAUUGGACGUAGUAAGAUUGUGGGCUCCCCAUUGAGAGACUUGCUUUUGGCUGAAAACUGUACGGUCACCACUUGUCACAGUAAAACAGUCGAUCUUAGCGCAGAGACGAGAUCAGCGGAUAUAUUGGUGGUGGGAGUUGGAAAGCCAGGGCUAGUUACCGGUGAUAUGGUGAAGCCGGGUGCUGUUAUUAUUGACUGUGGUAUCAACUACAGCGAGGAGAAAAACGGCAAGAGAAAACCGGUCGGUGACGUGGAUUACGAGAGCGUGAGUAAAGUGGCUGGAUUUAUAACGCCUGUCCCCUCAGGAGUUGGUCCGAUGACAGUUGCGAUGCUGAUGGAGAACACAGUGGGGUGUGCUGAGAAGCUGAGUCGGACAUCUUCCUCCUAUCUGAAAUAUCUUGCUCUCAGGAGAAUCAAUCCUGUUCCGAGUGACAGCGAGAUUUCGCUGGCCCAAACCCCGAACAAGAUCAAGAACAUAGCACGUGAUAUUGGCAUACCCGACAACAUGGUGGAGUUAUACGGGGAGUAUAAAGCUAAGAUUAAGCUUGGAUUGCUGGACUCCAAACAGGUCAAACAGGUCAAACAGGGGAACUACGUUCUGGUUUGUGGGAUAACCCCCACACCACUGGGGGAAGGUAAGAGCACGACGACAAUAGGACUCGCUCAGUCACUAUCUGCUCACCUUCACAAGCAGACCAUAGCUUGUAUCAGACAGCCGAGCAUGGGUCCUACCUUCGGUAUCAAGGGCGGAGCUGCUGGAGGGGGUUACUCACAGGUCAUGCCGAUGGAUGAGUUCAACAUGCAUUUAACUGGAGAUAUUCACGCUAUUGCUACUGCUCAUAACCUUGUUGCCGCAGCAAUAGACACUAGAAUAUUCCACGAGGCUACCCAAACUGACGAGGCACUGUUCAAGAGACUGUGCCCUCCCGGCAAACCCCUCCCUCAGGUUAUGAUAAGGAGACUAGACAAACUUGGGAUAACCGGGAAAACUCCCGAGGAGAUGGCCCCUGAAGAUAGGGUCAGGUUUGCUAGACUGAACAUAGAUCCGGGCACGAUAAUGUGGAACAGAGUACUCGAUAUGAACGACAGGUUUCUCAGGAAGGCAACUAUUGGGCAGAGUCCCACUGAGAAAGGGAUGGCUAGAGAGACGAAGUGGGACAUAACUGUGGCCAGUGAAAUCAUGGCCGUCCUGGCUCUUGCCACUGAUCUGAGCGAUCUUAAAUCCAGGAUUGGUAAGAUAGUGGUAGCAUACUCAGUGGACAAUGUGCCAGUAACAGUGGAUGACUUGGGGGUGACCGGGGCAAGUACUGCUCUCAUGAGGGAGGCUCUGAAACCAAAUCUCAUGCAAACACUCGAGGGUAGCCCGGUGAUGGUCCACGCUGGACCCUUCGCUAACAUUGCACAUGGCAACUCUUCUAUAAUUGCGGACAGGAUGGCGCUGAAACUGGUCGGAAGUGAUGGGUACGUUUGUACGGAAGCCGGGUUUGGAGCCGACAUUGGUGGUGAGAAAUUCUUCGAUAUCAAGUGCAGAUACAGUGGGCUCCGUCCCAAUGCUGCUGUCUUGGUCUGCACUGUUAGGGCUCUUAAAAUGCACGGUGGAGGUCCUAAUGUUACACCUGGAGGAGGACUAGCUCCGGAGUAUAAAGAGGAGAACUUGGAACUGCUCUCCAAGGGUCUCGUUCACCUGACCAAGCAGAUAGGGAAUGUGACCCAGUUCGGGGCACCGUGUGUGGUCGCUAUUAAUCGAUUCCACACUGAUACGGAAUCAGAGUUGGAGAUGGUCCGGAAACACGCUCUGAAGAGCGGAGCAUUUGACGCACAGGUUGCGGAACACUGGGAAAAGGGGGGCGAGGGAGCCGUCAAUCUGGCUCAUGCUGUCGUGAACGCUUGUAAAACUCCUUCUAAUUUCAAGUUUUUGUACGACUUGGAACAACCUCUAAUCUCGAAGAUGAACAUCAUUGUACAGAAGAUAUACGGCGGAGAGGGGGUUGAGAUCUCGGAGGAGAUAGCUGAUAAGAUUAAAAACUUGGAAAAUCAGGGAUACGGAAACCUCCCGAUUUGUAUGGCAAAAACCCACUUGUCCCUCAGUUGUGAUGUCAGUAAGAAGGGAGUUCCCACUGGGUUUAAGGUUCCUAUACAGGAUGUUAGGCUGAGUGCUGGAGCGGGAUUUGUGUACCCCCUUGCUGGAACCAUCAGCACGAUGCCAGGCCUACCCACCCGACCUGCCUUCUAUAACAUAGAUGUGGAUACUGAUACCGGGGAUAUCACUGGUCUCUUCUGAUCUCGCCAGGAUCUCCUGACCUCAUCCAGCUCUGCUGAUCUCGCUAGGCUCUGUAGGUGUAUUCAGAUCUAGAGCUAGGUCUAAAGUUUUAGUCAUAUCUAGUCUUGUUCUUAGGUGUUAAAGGAUUCAAUUAUUUUCGAUUCAUAAUGAUUUUGCAAUUAUUACUAAUUCUUUUAAGUUUUAGAGAUAAUUUGAUUUUUAUUGUAGAUUUUUAGUAUAUUAUACUUUAUGUGAUAACAUCUUAUAUAUCUGGGUCACACGAUUUUCGUUUUUUAUAAUUAUGGUUUCAUACAACUUUUGCAUUUUUAUUUUAUAUUUACGAUCCUAAAAUUAUCAUAAUCUAUGCUUAUUA